AUGAAGAACACUCCGGAUCACAGAGACACUGCUGAUACAGGGCAUGCAGGUGUUUCUGCAAAUAUGAUGAAGAAAAAAAAUCCCAAUAAGAAACAUAAGAGCAACCUGGGCCCAACCACCAAAGUUCUGUCCCAGCCACGACGCAACAUUGUCGGCUGCAGGAUCCAACACAUCUGGAAAGAUGGAAGUGGCCAUGUAGUAUGGAAAGGGACGGUGCUUGACCAGGUACCAGUUAAUCCAUCUCUUUAUUUGAUAAAGUAUGAUGGUUUUGACUGCGUUUACGGUCUGGAGCUCCACAAGGAUGAGAGAGUUCAGGGACUGGAGGUGCUCCCUGACCGAUUGGCUAAAACCCGCCUGACUGAUGUGAAUCUAGCAGAUACAAUGAUAGGCAAAGCGGUGGAACAUAUGUUUGAGACGGAGGAGGGUCCAAAGGAAGAAUGGCGGGGAAUGGUUUUGGCCCGGGCUCCCAUUAUGACCACCUGGUUUUAUAUUACCUAUGAGAAAGAUCCUGUUCUCUACAUGUAUCAGUUGCUGGAUGACUUUAAAGAAGGUGACCUCCGCAUUAUGCCUGACUCCAAUGACAGUGUCCCGGCUGAGAGGGAACCAGGUGAGGUGGUGGACAGUCUGGUGGGUAAACAGGUGGAGUAUGCCAAAGAGGACGGAGGCAAACGAACAGGCAUGGUCAUCCACCAGGUGGAGGCCAAGCCUUCUGUAUACUUCAUCAAAUUCGACGAUGACCACCUCAUUUAUGUCUACGACCUGGUAAAAACCUCCUAA